CUCAACCGUCCACCAACGCCUCCGACCACUUGCAGCCACUCCACCCGUCUCUUGGCCGCCACCACCCUCCGGAAUGUCCUCGGUACGAAGAACUUGGCGGAAAUCUUGAGCGAGCGGGAGUCCAUCUCCCACAACAUGCAGAGCUCCCUAGACGAAGCCACAGAUCCCUGGGGUGUCAAAGUAGAGCGGGUUGAAAUCAAGGAUGUCCGCUUGCCCGUGCAACUGCAACGUGCCAUGGCUGCAGAAGCCGAGGCAGCACGAGAAGCCCGUGCCAAGGUGAUUGCGGCCGAGGGAGAGCAGCGUGCUUCCAGGGCCCUCAAGGAGGCUGCAGAGGUUAACGAGUCCCCAGCUGCCCUCCAGAAACACAUGAUCUUGUAUCACCCUAGAAACCUUUUGUACACUGUCAAUUAUUAUAUCAAGACUAAUAUAGAACUUCAGUGGGACAUUUGCAAAAGAAGUGAAUCUAGCUUUAUUGAUAUAAGUAUUGAAAUUAAGAUGUAG